UUCAGGGCCCUUUAUACAUUUGAACCCAGAACACCAGAUGAACUAUAUUUUGAAGAAGGUGAUAUUAUCUACAUCUCGGACAUGAGUGACACAAAUUGGUGGAAAGGAACCUGCAAAGGCAGGACUGGACUAAUUCCAAGCAACUAUGCUGUUGGGAUUAAAAACACACUUUAAAUAUUCCAUUAUUGGGGUCAGAAUGAACAGGAAACUUCAUUUUGAUCACAGGACCUAAAACAACCUCUGGCAUGUUGUACUACAAAUGGCUGAGCAAGCUGAGUCCAUUGAUAACCCAUUGCAUGAAGCUGCCAAAAGAGGCAACUUGAGCUGGUUGAGAGAGUGCUUGGAUAACAGAGUUGGGGUUAAUGGCUUAGACAAAGCUGGAAACACAGCCCUGUACUGGGCUUGUCAUGGUGGGCACAAAGAUAUUGUGGAAGUCUUAUUUACCCAACCAAAUGUAGAACUGAACCAACAGAACAAAUUGGGAGACACAGCUCUACAUGCCGCUGCUUGGAAAGGUUAUGCAGAUAUUGUAGAGAUGCUACUGGCAAAGGGGGCAAGAACAGAUAUAAGAAACAACGAGAAGAAACUGGCUCUGGAUAUGGCUACCAAUGCUGCAAGUGCUUCCCUGCUUAAAAAGAAACAAGGACCAGAUAUAAUGCGCACAUUAAGUAAUGCAGAGGAAUACCUCGAUGAUGAAGACUCCGAUUAGCUUCCUUCAUUAUGUCUUAAGAACUAUAACCUAUGUUGCCUACAUCAUUCCCAAAUCAUAUCUAUGCAACUGUAAGAAGUACCUUGUAACAAAGUCUUGCAAUCUCUCAGUAUGACAGGUAAACAAAGGGUGAAAUAAUUCUUUCCACAGGAAGAACCCACAGGAAAAAAUGCCAAGCUUUUGAUCAAAGUUCCCUUGGAAUCAUUUGGCUGGGGUCCCUUCUCCUGUCC